CUUAAACAAAAAAACACAUUAUAUAUAUAUAAGUCUUAAUAUUUUUUUAUUGGUAGGUGUAAUAUAUUAUUAGUAUUCUUUCUUAUUUUCAAUUUCGGACCGCUAACUCAAAGAUUUCCUUGAAUCAAUCAUCUAAGGCUUUGUCUAUAUCCAUCUCUACUCGUCUUCAGUAAGUGUAGAGAAAUUAACCAUGGAAUCUGAACCUCUUGCCCAUGUUUUUCUGGUCUCUUUCCCAGGCCAGGGCCAUGUGAACCCCCUUCUAAGACUAGGCAAACGUUUGGCCUCCAAAGGAUUGCUCGUAACCUUUUCUACAACCCAAAGCGUCGGCAAACAGAUGCAAAAAGCCAAUCGCAUUACCGAUGAGCUUUCUCCUGUCGGCGACGGCUUCAUUCGCUUUGAAUUCUUCGAUGACGGUUGGGAAGAUGAUGACCCGAGACGCUCUGAUUUGGAUGCAUAUUUAGUCCAGCUCGAGUUAGUAGGAAAAGAAAUGCUUUCUCGCAUCAUCAACAAACACGCCGAACAAGGCCGACCCGUUUCUUGUCUCAUCAACAACCCUUUCAUUCCUUGGGUCUCGGACAUGGCCGAGAUCCUUGGAAUCCCUUCGGCAUUGCUUUGGGUGCAAUCCUGUGCCUGCUUUAGCUCCUAUUACCAUUACUUCCAUGGCUUAGUCCCUUUCCCAUCGGAGACUGAACCUUUCAUCGAUGUUCAGCUUCCAUGCAUGCCAAUUUUGAAGUACGACGAGGUUCCUAGCUUCUUGCACCCUACCACUCCAUAUCCAUUCUUAAGGACGGCCAUACUUGGUCAGUACAAGAAUUUAGAUAAACCCUUCUGCGUAUUGAUGGACACGUUCCAAGAACUCGAGCAUGAUAUCAUCGAGUACAUGUCCAAUCUCUGUCCCAUCAAGACGGUCGGUCCUCUGUUCAAGAACACCAAAGAAGCGGCCGAAUCAAACGUUCGCGGAGACAUGAUGGAGGCCGCUGCUGACUGCCUUGAGUGGCUUGACUCGAAGCCACCAGCGUCGGUGGUCUACAUCUCGUUCGGCAGUGUGGUUUGUUUGAAGAAGGAACAGGCUGAUGAGAUUGCUUACGGGCUUUUGAACUCUGGUGUUUCAUUCUUGUGGGUGAUAAGACCACCACGGCCGAUAUUCAACAAGGAUUCGGACGAGGAGUUUUUUGUUUUCCAAGAAGGGUUUUUGGAGAAAGCUGGGGAUAGAGGCAAAGUUGUGAAAUGGAGUCCACAAGAGAAAGUUCUGGCACAUCCAUCGGUCGCUUGUUUCGUGUCUCACUGUGGUUGGAACUCGACCAUGGAAGUAAUAGCUUCUGGAAUUCCGGUGGUAGCUUUCCCACAGUGGGGUGACCAAGUUACCAACGCAAAGUUUUUGGUGGACGAGUUCAAGGUGGGGCUGAGACUUUGCAGAGGAGAUGCAGAAAACAUGUUGAUUGGCCGAGAAGAGGUGGAGAAGUGCUUAUUGGAGGCGGUUGGGCCUAAGUCGGAUGAAAUGAAGCGCAACGUGUUGAAGUUGAAAGAGAAAGCCGAGGCAUCUGUGGCCGAGGGAGGCUCAUCUGACCGGAAUAUUCAGGCUUUCGUGGACGAUGUGACAAGAAGAAGCAUUGCUCUUACUGGGAUUGUCGAUUCAGUAAUUUAGUCAACGUCCAAUUGAGUACCAAAGAUCAUUGUCUAGUUUCAUUGUAGACACGUACGUGUAAGGUGAUGAUUGGAUGCUAGUUCCCCUAAUGCGUAGUACAAUAAUUAAGAAUAAAACUAAAAAAUAACUAAGAAUAAGCUUUUCUUGUCUUUUCUUUUAUUCUUUUUUUCCGAAGAAAAAUAUAAUAGUCACCAAACUUUUAUUAUCAUUAUUGUGACUACAAACGGUUCUAAUAUAUAAUAAUAACAACUCUUUAAUAUUUACUAAA